GAGAGAGGACGCCCAACUCAGCUGGGGAGUCACUCUCAGGCUCUUCCCUCUUAUCCCCUUUCCUUCUUUCAACUCUUCCACUUUCUCUCUCCGAAAUGGCGUCUCCGACUCCCCCUCACUGCUCAAUCACCGCCGCUAAACCCUACCAAAACCUCCACUACCCCCAAAACCCUACCAAAAACCACCACAACAAUCACCACUGGUCUUCCCACAAAGUUUCCCUCACCAACCCUCUCCCUUCACCUCGUAAUGCUGCCAAGCCCGGUGCUGCCUCCGCUACCGCCACCUCCACCAACCGCAACUCUAAUUUCCCUUCUCUCUCUCCUCUUCCUCCCUCCAAGUCCGAGCUCACCGCCGACUUCUCCGGUCGCCGAUCCACCCGCUUCGUCUCCAAAAUGCACUUCGGCCGCCCUAAGACCGCCGCCGCCGCCCGCCACACCUCCACCGCCGAGGAGGCCCUACGCCACGCCAUUCGCUUCGCCUCCGAUGAUAAGGGGAUUGAUUCAGUGCUUCUCAACUUCGAGUCUAGGUUGUGUGGAUCCGACGAUUACACCUUCUUGCUCCGAGAGCUUGGCAAUCGGGGGAGGGCGAAGGCCAUUCGAUGUUUUGAAUUUGCUGUGCGGCGGGAGCAGAGGCGCAACGAGCAAGGUAAAUUGGCUAGUGCUAUGAUUAGUAUUCUGGGUAGAUUAGGUCAAGUUGAACUAGCAAAAAAUGUGUUUGAAACUGCUUUAAAUGAGGGAUAUGGGAAUACAGUUUAUGCUUUUUCGGCUCUGAUUAGUGCGUAUGGGCGAAGUGGAUAUUGUGAUGAGGCGAUCAAGGUAUUUGAGACUAUGAAAAGUUCGGGGUUGAAGCCGAAUUUAGUCACUUAUAAUGCUGUAAUUGAUGCGUGUGGAAAAGGGGGUGUGGAUUUUAAUCGGGCAGCGGAAAUAUUUGAUGAAAUGUUGAGGAAUGGGGUGCAACCUGAUCGGAUUACAUUUAAUUCACUUCUUGCGGUUUGUGGUAGAGGAGGGUUGUGGGAGGCCGCGAGGAAUUUGUUUAGUGAGAUGUUGUAUAGAGGGAUUGAACAGGAUAUAUUUACGUAUAAUACUCUAUUAGAUGCUGUAUGCAAAGGUGGGCAAAUGGAUUUGGCUUUUCAGAUAAUGUCCGAGAUGCCCAGAAAGCAUAUAAUGCCUAAUGUGGUGACUUAUAGUACAGUGAUAGAUGGGUAUGCAAAGGCAGGUAGACUGGAUGAAGCCUUGAAUUUGUUUAAUGAGAUGAAGUUUGCCGGUAUCGGUUUGGAUAGGGUCUCGUAUAAUACUCUGCUUUCAAUAUAUGCUAAACUUGGGAGGUUUGAGGAGGCCUUGAAUGUUUGUAAAGAGAUGGAAAGUUCUGGGAUUAAGAAGGAUGCUGUCACUUACAAUGCCCUUCUAGGUGGGUAUGGAAAACAAGGGAAGUAUGAGGAAGUUAAGAGGGUGUUUGAAGAGAUGAAAGCAGAGCGGAUUUUCCCUAACUUAUUGACUUAUUCGACAUUGAUUGAUGUGUACUCAAAAGGAGGGUUGUAUCAAGAGGCAAUGGAAGUUUUUAGAGAGUUUAAGAAGGCAGGUUUGAAGGCUGAUGUUGUUCUUUAUAGUGCUCUUAUUGAUGCGUUGUGUAAAAAUGGGCUGGUGGAAUAUGCUGUAUCCUUCCUUGAUGAGAUGACAAAGGAAGGGAUUAGGCCUAAUGUUGUUACUUACAAUUCUAUAAUUGAUGCCUUUGGUCGAUCAGGAAGUGCUGAAUGUGUUAUCGAUCCUCCCUAUGAAACCAAUGUGUCAAAAAUGUCUUCUUCAUCUUUAAAAGUUGUUGAAGAUGCCACUGAAAGUGAAGUGGGAGACAAGGAGGACAAUCAAAUAAUAAAGAUUUUUGGACAGCUAGCUGCUGAAAAAACAUGUCAUGCAAAGAAAGAAAACAGGGGGAGACAGGAAAUCUUAUGCAUCUUGGCGGUCUUCCACAAGAUGCAUGAGCUGGACAUCAAACCAAAUGUUGUCACCUUCUCAGCAAUUCUAAAUGCUUGCAGCCGCUGUAAUUCAUUUGAAGAUGCCUCAAUGUUAUUGGAGGAACUGCGGUUAUUUGAUAAUCAGGUCUAUGGUGUGGCACAUGGGCUUCUUAUGGGCUAUGGGGACAACAUAUGGGUUCAAGCACAAUCCCUGUUUGAUGAGGUGAAGCAGAUGGAUUCUUCGACCGCAUCUGCCUUCUAUAAUGCUCUGACUGACAUGCUAUGGCACUUUGGUCAGAGACGAGGUGCCCAAUUGGUUGUGCUUGAAGGGAAACGACGGCAUGUAUGGGAGAAUAUGUGGUCAAACUCUUGCUUAGAUUUGCAUCUAAUGUCUUCUGGAGCUGCUCGAGCAAUGGUGCAUGCAUGGUUGCUCAAUAUUCGGUCUAUUGUUUUUGAGGGUCAUGAGCUGCCACAGCUCUUAAGUAUAUUGACUGGAUGGGGCAAACACAGCAAAGUGGUUGGGGAUGGUGCAUUAAGGCGAGCUAUUGAGGCACUACUGACUGGCAUGGGUGCACCCUUUCGGGUUGCCAAGUGCAAUCUGGGUAGGUUUAUAUCGACAGGAGCUGUGGUGGCUGCCUGGUUAAGAGAAUCAGGCACCCUGAAAGUCCUUGUUCUUCAUGAUGACAGAACAAAUCCUGAUCGUGCAAGAUGUAGUCAAAUUUCCAAUCUGCAAACACUUCCCUUGUAGCUUUUUCAGUAUGUUGCUUUUCUUGUUUCUCUUCUAAUGUGUUUAUUCCCUGUAAUUUAUGCAAGUAAUGGGUAAAUAGACACCUACAAACCCGUGGGAGAUAUCCCAAUUUUGGCUUUGUAUGUUUUACAGCUCAAGAUUAUACAGUUUAGGGAGAUUCAUCAGUAGUUAGUAGUUA